UGCACAUACAUGAUGAUGCAUGCCCCAAAAUUUGAACACUGAAUGUAUGUUCUCUUAUGGAAUAGAUGCAAGAAGUUCAAGGCAUUUCAAGGCUUUCCAACUUCACCAGAGUCCCACACACCAAAGGACUUCAACCAUCAAAAUCUCAAAGAAUCUAAAACCGUUGAAACACUUCAUCAUCAACCCCAACUUAUUAGCUGAGUCCAUCGACCCCAACUCAUUAGCUGAGUCUCCUAAUUCAUUUCCACCUUUUGAUGAAACCAUGGGCCCACUCUCACCUACCUCCUUACCUCUAGAUGCACCACCUUACUGUGUAUAUCCUCCUUUUACACCACUAACUCCUCCUACAACAGUACCAAGUCCUGUAAUAAAUCCAACACCUCUACUCCCACCCUCACCCACCACUCCCACAAACCCCUUUGAAAGCCCACCUCCAAUUGUAAAUCCUAGCCCACCAUCAUAUCCUCCUGGCCCACCUGGAUAUUACCCAAGCCCACCUGAAUAUGGGCCCAACCCACCUACUUAUGUACCAAAUCCACCCGAGUACGUUCCAAGCCCGCCUACAAUUUAUGUCCCGAAUCCACCCGGGUUUGUUCCUGGGCCUCCUGAGUUUGGCCCCAGCCCACCUGAAUUCGUCCCGACCCCACCAACCUUUCUGCCACCGAUUGUGUUUCCACCUCCAUUUGUGCCACCGCCGCCACCACAUACGGGCACGGGAGGGCUUACGUUGUGGUGCGUUGCGAAGCCUUCAGUGCCGGAACCGAUCAUGCAAGAAGCUAUGAACUAUGCUUGUGGGUCCGGGGCGGACUGUGCGUCAAUCCUACCUAAUGGGCCAUGCUACGAGCCUGAUACAUUGUAUGCGCAUGCAUCGUACGCUUUCAAUAGCUACUGGCAAAGGACGAAAGCGGGCGGAGGGACAUGCGACUUCGGAGGGACGGCCAUAUUGGUCACCAAAGACCCAAGUUUUGAUGGGUGUCAUUUCAUGCUGAGCUAAGUACAGAAAGCGAAAGUGGACCAAUGGACUAUUUUGCGCCCGCACGAGUAUUGAAACUCUCAUUUUUUUAGGGUGGAUGUACUUAUUUCCACCAUGAGUUUUAUGUUUAUGCAACCUUGCGUGGUGGGCACUUUUUAGCCGUUA